AUGGCAGACUACAAAGCAACAGUAUCGGCGGCCCUCCAACAACGGGACGUCGGCCUUUCCAAGGUUGAGCCGAAGCUGGAGGGUCUCCCGAAACACCUUCCUCUGAGCUCACAAGAUCUUCCCAAAAGUGUUCUCACAGAACGAGAGAUAGAGAUCACUGAAAAGUACUCUGUCAUUCAACUUCUGGAAAUCCUUCGCAAGAGAGAAAUCAAGGUUGAGGAGGUUACUCGUGCGUUCUUGAGGAGAGCUGCGUUAGCUCAGGCUGCUACGAAUUGCCUGGUCACUCUGAUGUGGGAUGAGGCCAUCGAGCGCGCAAGGUAUCUGGAUUCACUACCCGAGCCCAAGGGCAUGUUCUUUGGCCUACCAAUCUCAACCAAGGAGCACCAUGGAAUGGUGGGCGAGAAUGUCACGACCCACGCAUCCUUCGUUGCAUGGAUCAACAAGACUCACGGAUCGAACCUCCUCUACGACAACUUGUAUGACGAAGGCUGUGUCUUUUACGUGAGGACUACGCAGCCUCAGACCAUCAUGCAUCUAGAGACUAUCAGUAACAUCUAUGGAACAACUGUCAACCCUUUCAACCGUGAUUUGACGGCCGGUGGUAGCAGUGGAGGUGAAGGAGCCCUGCUCGGACUUCGAGGAAGUAUUCUGGGCAUUGGCGGUGAUAUCGGCGGUAGUGUUCGUUGCCCAGCGGCUCAUAACGGAAUCUAUGCCUUCAAGCCGACUCUGAAGCGAAUCUCAGUUAUGGGCGCCCGAUCAAUCAUGGCUGGCAAAGAAACCAUCUCAUCCACACCCGGCCCCAUGACAACUGACCGUGAAACCCUCGAACUCUUCAUGAAAGUAGCCCUAGCAUCCAAGCCAUGGCUGAUAGAUCCUUCUCUUACAGCCAAGGAAUGGACACCAUACAAGUUCGACAGACCUCUCAAGAUCGCCAUCCAGUGGUGGGACGGCGUUGUUCAGCCUCACCCGCCUAUGACGAGAGCUUUGAGAGAAGUCGCAGAGGCCUGUCGUAAAGCUGGUCAUGAGGUUGUAGACUGGGACUGUGAGCCUCUUGAUCAUAAGAAGGGUUGGGAGAUUCUGUCAGCGCUGUACUGGCCUGAUGGUGGUAAAGAAGCGCUGGAUCUUAUGGAAGCGGCCGGAGAGCCUGUUCUUCCGUUGACAAAGUUUAUCAUCCAGGAGCAACCCAGCGUGAAGAACUUGAACAUGCACGAGCUAUGGGAGCUUUGCACGAAGCGAGACGAUUACCGCGCUGCGUACGCGAGAGCCUGGUCCUAUACGAGCAAAGCGGAUGGCCGAGAGGUAGACGUGAUUCUUUGCCCACCUUACUUCGGAGCUGCAUCUCCUCAUGAACAGUCGCGAUACUGGGGAUACACUGCUCACUGGAACCUUCUGGACUACCCAGCAGCAGUCUUCCCAGUAACAACAGUCGAUCCCUUAAAGGAUCCCAAGGACGUCAAGUACGUCCCCAAGAACGACGAGGAUAAAUUCGUAUACGAUCAAUACGUUCCCGAGAAGUUUGCCGGUAUGCCUAUCUGUCUGCAGGUUGUUGGUCGAAGGCAGUAUGAUGAGAAGGUUCUUGCUGCUCUUAAGGAGAUUGAGCGUGCGAUGGGUAGAGAGUAA